UAGUUUUAAAGCUUUAAUGCCAAUACAUUAUAUAUCUCUUUUGACUGCUUCCAUUUUGUUGUAGCCUGUCCAUUGUAAAAAAAAGAAAAUGCAGACAGGAAGUGAGGGACAGGAAGUAGUAGCUAAUGGAACAGGAAGUUCCGGGUUAAAGGGAGACAAAAGAGGAAGUACAAAACAGACAUUGAACUUGCUGGCAGCAGAGGACGUCUAGUGGCAUGAUGGAGGAGGAACAGAGUCACAUGACCGAGAGAAUAUUAGACCUCACUCUGGAGAUUAUCUACCUGCUGACUGGUGAGAGUUUUCCCCUUACGAAAUCUGGUGACCACGUGACCAUCAACGUGCCUCUACCUGCUUCUCUAAAAUCUUUGAGAAAUAAGCGAAAGAUUCUAGAAGUCACCAAGAAGAUCACUGAGCUGCUGACGGGAGAGGUGAGUAGUGCCAGAAAUUUUGGCACAAUAACCGAAUGGAGACUGGAUAGGAAUCAUUGUCAUUUUGUGUGUCUCAGGUUCCUCUAAGGUGUCAGGAUGUCUCUGUCUAUUUCUCCAUGGAGGAGUGGGAGUAUAUAGAAGGACACAAGGAUCUCUACAAGGACUACAUGAUGGAGAAUCACCCGCCCCUUACAUCAGCCAAAAAACCCUUUAAAUGUCCCGACUGCGGGAAAUGUUUUUUUAGACGAUCGGAGUUUAUCAAGCACGAGAGAGUUCACACUGGGGAGAAUCCUUUUCGCUGUCUAGAGUGCGGGAAGUGUUUCACCUAUCAGUCAGUUCUCGUCAAACACCGGAAACUGCACAGGGGAGAAAAGCCGUUCUCGUGUUCAGAUUGCGGCAAAUGCUUCAGCCAGAAGCCCCACCUUCUUCGCCAUCAGAUGCUUCACACCGGCGAGAAGCCUCUUACCUGUUCGGACUGCGGGAAGAAAUUCUCCCGUAAAUCGAGUCUGAUCGACCAUCAAAGAACUCACACAGGAGAGAAGCCUUUCUGUUGUCUUGAGUGCGAUAAAACUUACAACCAUAAGUCCAACCUGAUCCGUCACCAAAGGACUCAUCGAGAUAAAAAGACUGUCAUCUGCUCAGAGUGUGGGAAAGCAUUUACGAAUGAGGACUUUGUGAUACACCAGAACAUUCACCGAGGGGAGGAGCCAUUUCCUUGUUCUCGGUGCGGCCAAUAUUUUACCCAGCAAUCCGAUCUUCUGGUCCACCAAAGAUAUCACGCUGUAGGAGAACAUACUGCACUUUGCUGAUGCCCAAAUUAUGUUUACAACAGCUGGGGGUUUCGGAGGCCACGUCUUUGUCUAGAUAAUGUUUUCCACUGAAACGUCUUCAAAUAAAAAGUAUAUAAAAAAACAACAUCAGAAAAGGAACAAGAAUGUGGAAAUCGUAAGAGUACGGCGAAGGGCAGUUAAUUUAUUAGUACAUUUUAUGCAGAUACGUUGACGACGUUUAUAAGCUGUAAAUUAUUCAGUAGUCAGCAACAGUAGAUCUUUCCCAGCACCAAUAUAUUGCUCACUAGCAACAAUAGAUCCCUAUAUCCCCCAGUAGCCAGCAUCAAUAGACCAUCCAGCACCCCUUGGCAUUACAUGAAUUCAGUGCUGCGUUCCCACUGAAAAAAAAGCCUUGGUUAUAAUUAAUAACCUUCCACCUACACAGCUACAACAUGUCCUACUUUUACUUUUGUUAGAUAUUUAUGUCAUUGCUGUAACAGGAAGCGGGGCCAGGACAAGGGGU